AUCUAGUUUCAGAUGAAUUCAAUUUGACAUCGCCAUUUGUGCGAUUGUUGUGUCCAUCUUUAUGUACAGUUCCUUUAUUGUCUGGUUUUGCAAGAAACAUCCGUGCAAUUUUCUGGAGCCUCUCCUUUUCAGUCAUCGUCAUAAUGUGUUUGACGUCAUCAUCAUUUUUAUCAUUACUGUUGUUUAUUUCAUUGACUACAAACGUUUCUGAAACUAUAUCUAACAACGCCUGUUCUUUUUCAGCCAUUUUAACUUAGAGAUUUUUCUGCCGUUCGUUAGCUAUGAUUGCGCUUACUUUAAUGACGUCGCCAAGGCAAUGACGUUUAACGUUGGUAUGAACAUGACGUCAUGAUGUUACAUCAUUUACGUCGUAAUUACAAAUGCAUUGCCGUUUAUCCAGCGUUUAGUACUUGGAAGCCCGAAAGUGGAUCUGAUUCUUAUGCAAUCAUGUCGAUGGGAAAAUUCGCAGACGAAGAGCAAGCAUCGCUGUAUGCGCAGUACAGACCGACCUACCCAGAAACAGUCUUUAAAACAAUCGUUGAAUAUCUUAAUAGAGGAAGUACAUUAGAAAGGAAUUCACAGGAUAGUUUUGAUCUAGCGGUGGAUGUCGGUUGUGGAAGCGGACAAAGCACUGUUCCACUCUGUAAAUACUUUAAACAUGUGAUUGGGUAUGAUGUAAGUGAAACACAGAUAAGCCAUGCACCAGAUAACAUGGAAAACGUAACCUUUAAAGUAGGACCAGGAGAAGAUUUGAGUUUUCUUGCCGACGGUUCUACAGAUUUGAUAACAAGUGCCCAGGCUGUACAUUGGCUGGACAGGGAUAAAUUUUACGCUGAAGUGAGAAGAGUGUUGAAGCCUGGUGGUGUGUGUGCUGUGUAUGGCUAUGGUAUUAAUAGACUGGAUGAUUUAGAGGCCCAAACAAUAAAUGAACAGUUUUACAAAGAUUAUGUGUAUCCUUAUUUGCACGAAUGCAGCAAGCUAUGUUAUGACCACUACAAGUUUAUAGAACGCCCAUUUGACAACUGUCAACUUAUAGAGAAUGAUGAAAUCAGUAUUAGAAGAGAAAUGCCCCUAGAAGCUUACAUAGGAUUUCUAGCCAGUGCUUCUAGCUGGAGAAAAUACCUUCAAUCACACCCUUCUUCUGACGUCCUUCAUAAACUCGCUGAGAAGUACAGAACCAUAUACAAGGGGGCUUCUAUAAGUGUACAUUGGCCAGUGUUUAUACUGAUAGGAAGAAAGCCAGUCUAAUUUUAUUUCUUAUUGAACAUAUAAACAUAAAUACCUCAUGUUAAAAAUCUCGUUUUUACAAGGUUGUGAGUUAGUCUUAAGUAUUAUGUAAAAAGGCAAGCAAUUUCUAUGUUAAAUUGUUUUAUGAUCAUCAGUUGUUUAUUAGACAUAUACAUGUACAUAGCUCAUGUUUUAAAGUAUUCUUUUUACAAGGUUGUGAGUAAACAUGGAGUAAGUCUUUAGUAUUAUGUAAAGUAUGUACAAUAAACAGUUUCUAUGUUUCAUUGAUGGAAACCCAUCCUAACUUAAUACCUCAUAUAAUACAUGAUGAUACUGUACUUUUGUGAUGUUAAUUUUCAUUUUACUUUACCACAAUGUCAAUAUCUUAUACAGACUUGUCCAUCUUUCAAUCUGGGCAAAACUAUUCAUCAUUGUUACUGGGAAACUUUCAUAAAAAAAGUACUGAAUCAAUUGCAAACAGUGCAUCAGAUAUAACGAAUGCCCAGGUGUAACAUUAAAUUUUGACCAUUUGUCAACUAGUAUUUAUUAUCUGGGACUGAAAAUGAUUAUCUUAAAUCCCAGUUAUCAU